GCAAAACUGAUCUAAUCAAUAUUUUACAUUAGUGUCAAAAUUUAUAUCACAAGACUUCCAGUUGGGAGUUGGGUCAGAGUUAAUUUUUAGGUGUUCUUUUAAAGGGUUGUAAUUUUAAUUUAAAAAAAUGGCAUCCAAUUUAGUUGCGGGAGCAAAUCCUAAAAUACAGGAUAUAAUGUCGUCUUUAGACGAUGACAAAACAGAUAUGUUGGCUGCCACAAGUGUUUUGCAGCAAAGAGCUACAGAUAUAAGAAAUCAACAUGUAAACUGGCAAUCCUAUUUCCAAUCUCAAAUGAUUUCCCAGGAAGAUUACAACUUCAUAGUAGCUUUUGAUGUUACUGAUAGUGCAAAAAGGGAAGCUCUUCUGCAAAGUGACAGAAACCAAUGUGCCCAGACAUUCUUGAAUCUUUUGGGACAUGUAUCCAAGGACCAGACCCUGCAGUACAUUUUAGUUUUGGUUGAUGAUAUGUUACAGGAGAACAGAAGUCGUGUAGAGAUAUUUCACGAGUAUGCUAACCAAAAGAAAGAAUCUGUUUGGGGUCCAUUCUUGAACCUUCUUAACCGCCAGGAUGGAUUUAUUACUAACAUGACUUCUAGAAUCAUUGCUAAAAUUGCAUGUUGGUCGCAGACACUUAUGGAUCGUUCUGACCUUCAUUUUUACUUGACCUGGUUAAAAGACCAACUAAAAACUCAGUACGAAGCACUGGCUGCAUCGCAAGCAGUUUCAGAUACUCUAAAGGGAGCGGCUACGGAACAUUACACGGAAUCAGGAUUCGAUCAGCAAUCCUCCUCUCAAGAGAUAUCGAACAACGAAUACAUCCAGUCGGUUGCUAGAUGCCUUCAAAUGAUGCUCCGAAUUGACGACUACCGUUUUGCCUUCGUAUCCGUCGAUGGAAUAUCCACUCUGUUGUCCGUACUCUCUGGAAGAGUAAAUUUCCAAGUUCAAUACCAGCUGAUCUUCUGCUUGUGGGUACUCACUUUCAAUCCAUUGUUAGCCGAAAAGAUGAACAAAUUCAACGUUAUUCCUAUUUUGGCAGAUAUAUUGAGCGAUUCUGUAAAAGAGAAAGUAACCAGAAUCAUUUUGGCUGUUUUCAGGAAUUUGAUUGAAAAACCCGAAGAUCAACAAGUUUCAAAAGAACAUUGUAUAGCUAUGGUGCAAUGCAAAGUAUUGAAACAAUUGGCCAUCUUAGAACAACGCAAGUUCGAUGAUGAAGAUGUGACAUCCGAUGUUGAAUUUCUAACUGAAAAACUACAGAGUUCUGUCCAGGAUCUGAGUUCGUUCGAUGAAUAUUCAACUGAAGUCAAAUCUGGACGUUUAGAAUGGUCUCCAGUACACAAGAGCAAGUUCUGGCGGGAAAAUGCGCAGCGUCUCAACGAGAAAAACUACGAAUUACUCCGUAUUCUCAUUCAUCUGCUAGAAACCAGCAAGGACCCCUUGGUAUUGAGCGUAGCUAGUUUUGAUAUUGGAGAGUAUGUUCGUCAUUAUCCUCGCGGCAAACACAUAAUCGAGCAAUUGGGAGGAAAGCAAUUAGUUAUGCAACUCUUAGCCCACGAAGAUCCUAAUGUACGAUAUGAAGCUCUGUUGGCAGUCCAAAAAUUGAUGGUCCAUAAUUGGGAAUACCUUGGUCGUCAACUUGAAAAAGAGCAGAGUACAGAUAAAAACGCGCCAAAAGGUGGAGCUCCUGUCGCAGGCAAGGCGUAAAUACUACAUACCAUCAAGAGUAUUUAAAGAUAUUUACUGCAAUAAUUGUAGAAAAUUUAAAAAUAAUUGUAAAAAUUAUAUCGAUUUCUGUACAUAGCUGUAUAGGUAUACAUUCCUGUCAUAUUUUAUUAUUGUUACGAUAACCAAUAAUCAACCAUGCACAUUUUAAACAUUUAAAAAUAUUGCUUUUAAAGUAACUUUUUCUGAUUGUUAGUAUUAUAAUAAAGUAUAUGUUGUCGUUUUAUUUUGAUUUCAUUACUGUUUAUUGUAUUUUCUAGACUUGUACUUCUGAAAAUGUUGAGAUAAAUAAUAGCAUAGGAUAGGCAGAGCUUGAGCAUAUCAAAAGAUAUGUCACACUACUUCUUAAUAAGUUAGCUGCAGGCUUGCUUGAUUCUAAAAAAACGAAAUGGUUUGUUUUCCUAGCGAUUUAUUGUAAAUAAACUGUUUUUGUAAAUUUA